AUGUCACUCCCCCUCCGCAUCGGCGUCCUUCUCGUAGGAACUGUUCAACUCCUCGAUCUAGCAGCCAUCGAUCUCCUUUACAUGACAACCCCAGAUUACCUGCAAGAAUGCUCACUCCCGCAGCCACUAGUCGACAUGGGUCGGCCCUGCGAGAUCCACUACAUCGCGCACGACGGACCAAACACAACAGGCAACACGACCUCCCAGAUGUCCAUACAAUUGACCGACUCAGUCACAGACUCUGCCGUUGCUCCAGGAAACCUAGACGUCGUGGUAAUCCCCGGUCCACCGCCUAAAGCUAUGCCGCCAGCAGAAGAAUACCUCGACUUUGUGCGCGCGCAUUUCGCAGCGGGUACGUCGAUCUUGAGCAUCUGCACUGGUGCCUUUGUUAUCGGCUACUCUGGGAUUGCGAUGGGGAGGGAAGUUACUGCGCCGCGGUUGUUGAUUCCCGAGAUGAAGAAGAGGUUUCCCGAGGCAAAGUUGUGGGAUGAUUCGGUGAGGGUUGCUAGGGAUGGGAAUUUGUGGGCUAGUGGUGGAAUCACAAAUGGUCACGAUCUGGUCAUUGCGUACUUGCGGGAACAUUACCCUGCCGCUCUGGUGAAUACGAUCCUCGUCGCUGCGGACAUUCCCUCCCGUCCGGUGGCGUAUGCUAGUUCUGCGACGGAUGAUACUGCCUAUGUGCUAUGGCAGGUCAUUAGGGCUCUCCCGAAUGCAGUGAGUCGGUUGUUUAAUGGGAAGUGA